AUGGUAUCACACCCAUUAAAAAAAACACCAAACCAAACCAAAACCAAAUGCUAAACAGCUGGCCUAGAUAGCAGGUUUCAAAGGCCAGUGCUUACACCAGGUGACAGGUGAUUUUUAUGCUGUUUUGCUGCUAUUUGUCAUAAGGAAAUUGUUUUCUCCUCCGGCGAAACUCACGCCUGCUGGUUUUCCACCACGAGGGAGGUGAUAUCGGGGAUCCCAGGCGGAAGCAUUGGCCGCUCUCCUACCUGAAUGGCUGCUAAAAAUAGGACUUAACUCAGUCAGUCACUGGCCUCAGCUAUAAAAAGGCACCUCCCAGGAGAGCCUGACAACCCUCAGUGCCCGUGGCCGAGGAGUUUGUCUUGACAUAUGUCCAGAAGGGCAGAAAUACUGAUGGAAAGCAACAUGUGGGCUCUGGCUGGGGAGAAGCCUCGGUGGGACGUGGGGAGGCAGCCAUCGGGCAAGAUUCUCUCGCUGGACAGGCAAGGGGCCAAGAAAGUGCUGGAGAUCUAUGUCAAGCGUUCUCUGAGCUGCUGCGAAAACUCACCGGUGGCCAAAAAAAUGCUUCAGGAGAGAGCUGGAGGGCGAGGGAGGAAGUCAGGUGGGCUGCAACGGUCAAAAAGUGACUUCUGCAAGUAUUCGUGUGCCAAACUCAGCCCCAAGAAGGACCAGGAGGAGGGACCCAAAGCACUGGACCUGGAUGAGGCUCUGGAUGAUGACAGCAAAGCUCCCGCGGAAGUCCCUAAAGAGGAGCGGGAGCCCAAGAGGAAAAGCACAAAAAACUCUUCCAAGGGCAAAGCCCAACGCACCUGGUUCAAAAGUUUCUUAAAUUUCCUCUUCAAGAGGAGCCCUGAGGACCAGAAGGAAAACACAGGACAAAAAGCAAAGGAGAAAGAUGCCAAAGGUCCUCACAGCUCCAAACCAGAAGGGGCUAAAAGACUCGGAGGGGACUUGAGCACAUCCCCGCCGCUGAGCAGAGCUCCAAAGAGAAGACCCAGCCUCAAGAGGGUUUUCUCCUUCAAGAAGCACACAGAGGAGGAGCGGGGAGAGAUGGCAGCCGGGGCGAGGGCCAAGCGACCCAGCUGCCUUCCCCUGCGGCACGUCCAGGCGCCCGCCACGCCAGACGUGGAGCAGUCCGACGGUUACUAUGCACAAGUCUCGGAAGAGAUCGGGUUGAUCGUGCAGGGCAGUGAGAGCCAGGGGAGCAGAGCACAUGCAUGUGGGGAGCCACCACGGCCGGCCAGCACCGACGGUGUUGAUGAAGCCAUCAGGAGAAUCGUUGCCCUGCUCCAGAGUGCAGGAGAUGAGCUGGACAGGCAGGUGAAGGAGGAUGCACGGCUACAGAUGUUCUUCAGAGACAUAUCCUACAACUCCUUCAAGAACUUGGCUGAUGCCUACGUCCGCAAGGAAAUGACAGCCAGCAGACCCGAUGCCAACCCCCAAGAGAUCCAGUUUGCCUUCACAGUGCACCUCACCGCCAAGGUGGCAGGCAUCUGCAACCAGGCAGUGAACAGGAUCAUGGGCUUCGGCACCCGCUACCUGGAAGAUUCAUUUGCACCCUUGUCCUACGGCAAAAUUCUCCAGCAGAACAGAGAAAAGUUUACCACAGACAACUGUGAGAGCCCGGACUGACAUCGGCUGCUCCGAAGGGCCUGCGGUGCCUGGGAACCCAAGGAUGCAGAUUUACUGAUGGGGGGGACAGUCCCUGUUGGUGACCUGGAUGUGGGGUGAUUUUCUGAGCUGUGGAUUUAAAAUCUUCUAAGGAAAACGACAGCGGUAGCCACAGCAGCAUGAAAUGCUUAAAACCCACCAGGCUGGGGGCAAAGAGUCUGUAAAUCAAACAAAGCCCAAAUUUCACCCUGUAUUUGCAUUUUAGCUGUCACCAAGUGCAUGUGUUGAACCUCAUGGUUUGUUUGUAUUUGUGUAUGUGUAUUCAUUUACCUGCUUUUCUAUGCAUAUCUGUGAAUGUACAACAUAAUUCUUGCUGCCAGCCAAGUGUCCAGUUCAGGAAAAAAACCCUAAAACUCAAAUAAAUUGG